AUGAUUUCCAUUCCUCCACCGAUCGAACCACCGACGCGUCAAUCCAUGAACCGGCAAUCCAGUCUCUUUGGUUCUAUGCGCAAGUUGCUCUCUGAGGAAUUCGAAAUUCAAAAGUCGGUCUUGACGGAAGAUCUGAUGGUGUGGAGGGCCGGGUGUUCCAAGAAGGAAUUGGAGUUUCGAGACCAAAUUCGGUCCUUUGAAGAUGACUUGGCGUCACCAGACUACAUAAACAAACUCAACACGACGAUUGAAACACGCAUGUCUUCCUGCCAAGAGAGUACCGAAUACUACCAAUCCAAUCCAGAUCUCAAGGAAUACACCUUGGAAAAGGAGCUGGAUCGCAUACCGUACACUCUCAUUACAACCGAUGGGAAACGGCAGCUGACCAAAUCCGAUGAUAUUCGAAACUAUGUGGCCACGGAAGAAACCGAGGAAGAAAAAGAAAGCCAUUCUAUCUUGUAUAGGGCUGCUAACCAAAGUAUCUUUGCCGAUGUCAUUGUCGCCUUGACUUGCUCGGAUGGAUUGGUCCGACCACAGCUCCAUGCGGGAACCUUUGUGGACAAGUGCUCCCUCACCAUUGAUUUGUCCAAAAAGGAUCCACAUGUUCGGGCAACAUGCUUUGUCAAUGUUUCGAUUCCAGAUGCCGAAGGACACCGUCUUUCCAUGGCAUCCGUACUGGUUUCCAUAUUUUAUUGCCCUUCCAAGGAACAACUGCGAUCCGGGAUCAUGCAUCUCCUUCCACACAAGCGUCUUACGGACGAGGAAGUCGCUGGUGCUGCCCGAUCGUUGGCGUACUAA